AUGUCAAUUAGUGGUAUCUUUUCUUCCUUUAAUAUUGUCUGCAAGAAUUCUAUAGAUUGGACAGAGAACUUUUCUGCACCUCCUGGGUGGGUGAAAUCAAUUCAAAUUUUGAUGAGAUUGCAAUGUUCUUUCAUGUUUAGGUUGAUUCAUUUUCUCUUCCAUUUUACCUUUCUUUCAAUUUUUAUUCUUCCAAUCUGGUUUCAAUUUUGCUUUCUUUUUAUCUUCAUUCUAUAUUAUUCUUUCAUUUAUUUUGUUCCUUUGUUUUCAUGUCAAAUCCCACUCAUCAUUGAUUUUUUUCUUUCUCUCUCUUUUCUGCUUUGUUUAAUUUCUUUCUUUUCUUUUAAUUUUCUCUCCAAAUUAUACUUUUUCCUUUUCUUCUAUUUCCCUCUCUGCUUUUACUUUUACUGUUUUCAUUUCUACUUUCUCUCUUUUUUUCUUUCUUUACUCCUUUCUCAUUUAGCUUCUACUCUCUCAUUUUCCCUUCUCUCUUUCUUUCAUUAUCUUAUAUUUUUGCUUUCCCUUUCAAUAUUUUCUUUCAUUUAUCAUGUUAGGUUUUUUUUAUUAUGUAUCAUUCUUUCUUCACUUUAG